AUCAGUAGUUGCACCCAAUUAAAAGUCAAUAAACCUAUUACAAUGAUACAACAACAGCAACAACGCGUGAGCUCGGCCGUUACCGAGCUCAUCGAGGACAUGGACAAGUCACAUCUACGUAAAAUGCAGACAGAAAUGCAUUUGUGUGCGGCAAAGUGUUGCCAGGACGGCAACUCCAGCGUGGACAGCGUGCAACGUUGCGUCGAUCGCUGCUCAACACCAAUGACAAAUGCAAACAACUACGUUCAACACGAACUGGGCGAAUUUCAGGGCAGACUUCAACGUUGCGUCAUGCAAUGCAAUGACGAUGUCAAAGUGAAAAUGCCGCCCAACCCCAAAGAGGAAGAAAUCGCCAAAUACACGGAUCAAUUUGAACGCUGCGCCAUUAAAUGUGUUGAUAAACACGUUGGUCUUAUUCCCAGUCUGAUGAAAACGAUGAAAUCGGUCCUAGCUAAAGGACCAGAAGCUAUACCACAAGUCUAAGUCAUAGUCGAAAACAAAUUGCAUUACACAUUAUUUCACUAAAUUGUUAAUCUGAACCCUGUAAAAAAAAUCGUAAAAGUUCAA